UGAGAUGCUGAGUGGUACAUUCCUAUCUACUACUCUCUGCUGCUCUGCCUCUCAGUCCACCAGACAGCCGAGUGCUCGCUGCACGCUGCACUGCUCCACAGCAUCACUGGCCGUGUGUGUGUCUCUAACCCUCCAGUGCUGCUUGUCUAGAUGUUCAGGAUGUGUGGUUGAUGGCCUGUGCUGUAAACGAACAACAACACUCCGGUACUCCCACUGCAAGACUCCUGGUCAGACUUGGCAGCCGCUUUGGGAUGUCUUCCCCAGGAACCGCCAGCGACAGCAAGAGGAAUUCUUCGGAGAUGGAGCAUGCUCAGAGAGUACCGGAGGCAGAGCCUGUCCAGCCGCAGGUAAAACUAAAGGACAGGCAAAAGUUUUUUGAGGAGGCUUUUCAGCAGGACAUGGAGCACUACCUGUCUACAGGAUACCUACAGAUCGCGGAGAGAAGAGAGACAAUAGGAAGCAUGUCAUCAAUGGAGGUGAACGUGGACAUGCUGGAGCAAAUGGACCUAAUGGACAUGUCUGACCAUGAGGCGUUGGACGUCUUUCUCAACUCUGGUGGCGAGGACAACAGUGUGGCUUCACCGUUACUGGGUCCGGACGUGGAGUCGUUCACCUCUGAGAUCGCUCUUCAGGUGCCCACACAGGCCGACCUGAGACACAAGCUGGCGUCGCUGUCCUCCACCUGCACGGACUCAGCCAGCCAGGACACGGAGGCGGGGGAAGAGGAGGACGACGAUGAUGAUGCAGAUGAUGAGAGGGGACCAGCAGCCAUCCGCGGCUCUCCACUCGUCCAGCCAGAUCAGGAAGAGGUCGAGGCAGAUGCCACGUUACCCGAAAGAGAACAAAACCAGCCAAUGAAGAACUGUGAGAGCAGCAGCUCAUCCUGAAAACACAGAGGAUGAUCGACAGACUGUAAGAAGAAGUGAUGUAGUUAGUGGUGUGCUAUAUGCACUUGCGUCCAAAGGAAGAGUGUACACUGGUGUUUUAUGAAACCCUUUUGGUUUUUGUAAAGAAAUUCUUUGUCGUGUGCUGUGCAGUGUAAAGCCCAAUCCUGUGUCUGCCCUUCAAAUCAAUAAAUAUAUUUGAUUCUUUUGGACGUUCACUGCCGAUAGCUGGUCUGCUGUUUGCCUGUCU